GAGUACCUGUGGGGCGCCUGGGCACGCUCAGAGCUCGACGAAUGAGCGUAUGGGCAACAGGAGUGUGUUGGCUUUUAAGGGGUGCAGGGUUUUCUCCGAGUUAAGAACCCCACGUUUACCAGUCUCCAAGUCAGUCGGAAAGGGUGGUAGUGUUCGAAAGCAUCGUAAUUCUCUAUUACAAAACAAUUACCCAGUUUCAACUCAAACAGUCCAUUUAUGCAAGUGUGCAACGUCAAGAUUAAUGCCGUCUUAAAUCAAUUUGAAAAAUCAUCGGAGCUGAGGAAUCAAAGUGAAAAUUUACGUUUAAAAACAAUUCUAAAAAUUCCCAAGACAGUGUCGAAAUUAAAAUAUUUUCAAGUGUCCGUAAAUAAUCAUAAAUAAUGGCGCUGUCCAGAAAUAAAGUCCAGAAAAAAUGGUAGUGUGUGAAAAAAAUGGUGUGUCGGUAGUGAGCAGAAAGUCAUCAAGAAAAAGGAAACAAAAGAGUUGAAACAAUGUUCUCGUAAUGGUUUUUGGUAAUAUCCUCACCUGAAAAAGAGAGGCAAAAGUUGGAAUAGAAUCGUAGGGUCGACGGGAGUUGACUUUCCUCAGAAAGACAGCGGCUGAUCAUUGGUGGACAGAAUUGUGAUACGUUGAAAGUAGUGGGGAAACGUACCGACCCCCUAUCCCCCUUCUGUCUGACCCUAGGUGGAGGGGAAUUAAACGUCAGAGGUGGAGGAAGAAGAGGAAGAGGAGGAAGUGGAGGAAGAGGGCAAGAAGAAGACGAGAAGAAGGAGGACAGGCGACAGUGCAUGUACCUCCCGACAGAAGUGGGGAAAGAGGGCUAACGGGUUGGUCUUGUGGAAGGGGUUUGAGGACAGCCUCAGGUUCGGGAGGGGACAAUCUGGAGAACCCUACAACUGCUCGGAGGGUUACACCGGAGGACAGGAAAGCCUCUGCUGGAGGACAAAUUCGUCGACUCACCUAAGACAUUUAAGCUGCUCUUCAAUCACUUCUUCAUCAAUGGGGCAAAAAGUGAUUUUGUGAGACAUAACGUGACGUUUCUCGACGUUCAAAGUGCCGUUUUUGUUUCGGACCUCUUGAAGAUCUGUACCUAGUGUUGUUUAUGGCUCAAUGGAUUCUCUCAUGGAAUUGUGAGUUCUCCGGGUGCGGAGGAGAGAUAAAAUGAGAUCUAAACCGGUGGCUAGGAGACUUCAGGGUAGCAGUGACGAGGGUGAAACAACAAUCACUGGUGCUAGUGGUGUCACAGAGGAGGCCCAAGAAAUGGAGGAAUGCGUCAGAUCCUCCAGUGGACACAGUAAUUCAUUGAAUUAUCACCUCAGGCAGGGGUCGACCUUCGAUUUUCCACAAAUCAUGGAUAUGCAGUCCCACGACAAGCACGAGGACACGAAAUGCGGGGACUUUUGGGAACGUAUGGCCGAUCCCAAAGAUUUCAGAUCAAGAGACAGUUACAUCAGUGAUUAUCAAGAUACAAUAAAAGAAGAACCGAAAGACCCAGAAGAGCACAAAGACCCCCCAACAGAGUGGCUGUCACCAGUUCCAGAGGUUGAAGUUGGCAGUAAUUUAAACGAAGGCCCACAUGUUCGUGCCAGGAAGGAAAUCCCCAGAGGUGCCAGAUUUGGCCCUUUCCUGGGAAAAUGGGCCACUGAUCCUUACAACCCCAGAUACGCGUGGGAGGUUCGGCAUUCAGGUAGUGGAGUUCGUGGAUGGCUAGAUGCAUCUAGAGAGGCGAGUAAUUGGCUCAAGUACAUCAGGAGCAUCAGUAAUCCUCAAGCUGUCAAUAUGCGGCAUGUCCUCAUCGGUGGGGAGAUUGUGUAUGAAGCUGUGAGAGACAUUUCGACGGGGGAGGAGCUGCUGAUGGGUCCGAGGGAGCCUCUUCAGCUUCAGGACAUGCAUGGUGAUAACACGAAUGAGGACAGGAGCGAUCGGGAGACCGGCUCACAACACAGUGGUACCGCUGAUGAGGACAAGGAGGAGGACGAAGAAGGUGAAAUACGUUGCCCAGGUUGUAACAAGCCCUUUCAAGAAAUCGACGUAUUGGAUUCUCACCUGGUGACCUGUCACCGUUACCCCUCUGACCAACACCGGUGCGACAGCUGCUCGAGAGGUUUUGCCUGGCGUCCCUUGCUAGUCCGUCAUCGGGCAGUCAUUCACGGAAAUCUCCGGAAAUAUCCUUGCGAGAACUGUCCUAAGACGCCUCCCCAGGUAUUCACGGACGCUUCCAAUCUUCAACGUCACAUCCGUACAAAUCACGUCGGUGCUCGCAGUCACGCUUGCACCGAGUGUGGAAAAACCUUCGCAACGUCAUCAGGUCUGAAGCAGCAUACCCACAUCCACAGUACAUUCAAGCCCUUCAGAUGUGAAGUCUGCUUCAAAGCGUACACCCAAUUCUCAAAUCUGUGCCGCCACAAACGCAUGCACUCACUCUGCCGAAUGCAAAUAAAUUGCGCCAAAUGCGGACAAUCCUUCAGUAGCGGUACCUCUUUAGCAAAGCAUAAACGUUUCUGUUACUCGACAACAUCAACACGCUGUGGAAAUCCUCAUCCCCCACCACCACCGCCACCACCACCACAAUCAGGAGUCAUGGCGCAACUGCCAUCAUCAGGUGGUGAUCCAUUUUUGGUUUAUCCACGUCCCCCAGUCUCCCUUCCAGGUGGUUUUCCACUCUAUCCACCAGGUCUGAUGGCCCCCUACCCUGGAAUUUUUCCCAACACUCCCAAUUUCCUCAACACACCCCUCCUCUUUCCAAAGAUCACUGAAGAACCCAAGCGAAACCAAAGUGAAAGCCCAAAGAAGGAGAGAUUCACACCUCCAAGAGGUCACCCAAAUAAUAAAUUAUCACCCUCCGCUGAUGACGAGGCAAUAUCGACAUUCAGACCAUCACCAGUGCGACCAAGUGUUCAACCAACACCGGAGAGUGAUGACGACGUGAAAAAGACACCAGUUGAAAGAAUGGAGACUGAGUCGUCAUCAUUAUCUGGACAAUCCACCGAUCAGCCCCUGGAUCUUCGAGUUAUGAAGAAAGCUGAGGUAUCUGACGAGUCCAAAAUUCCAGAGAGAUUAUCAUCACCGACGCCAGUAUCAAUGUCAGUAUCAAGAAGUGUCACACCCAAGGUGAAGCUGUCUGUUGAUGAUGAGGAUGAUGAGCAAAAGAGACAGACGGAGUUGAGAAUAAUGAGUGAAAUGGCUAAAAUGACUAUUGUGAACAAAAUGAACCAAUUGAACGAUAUGAGCAAAACGAGCGACACGAGCAAAACGAGUAAAAAUCGUGAUAAUCAUGAUUUUGAAUCACCAUCGUCACCGGUACCAAGAUCACACCCUCAGGAUCAACAACUACCAAACACACCACCACACAUCUCAUAUCCACGACCAAUUCAUCCCAUGUUUAUCGAGGCUAUGUACAGAAAUCCAGGAACAUUCGCGGGUUUUCACUCCGCACCACCGUCAGCACCGGACUCACGUCUUCUACCACCUCUACCCCAUUUUGGACCAACCCGGGGACUUCCCUUCUUGGGUAAUAUCAUGAAUGGUCUCAACAGACCUGGAUUUGAUCUACUUGCAAGACCACCAAUGAAUUUUCCUGGUGUCAAGCCAUUUCAAGAGUCUGUGAUGCACCAUCCACUGGGAAAAAUAAAGGACAGGUACUCCUGCAAAUUCUGUGGCAAGGUAUUUCCAAGAUCUGCCAAUCUCACCAGACAUCUCAGGACCCACACUGGAGAGCAGCCAUACAAGUGUAAACACUGUGAGAGAUCUUUCAGUAUUUCUAGUAAUCUUCAGCGUCAUGUCCGAAAUAUUCACGACAAGCAGAGGCCAUUCAAGUGUCCACUCUGCGAGAGGUGCUUUGGACAGCAGACUAAUCUCGAUAGACAUCUCAAGAAGCACGAGGCUGAUGAUGGAAGUGUUGUUGUUUCUGUUGCCGAUUCACCGGGAAGUAGCAAUGAGAAUGACCGAGAGGAGACAUAUUUUGAUGAUAUCAGGUCGUUCAUGGGAAAGGUCACCUAUGCGGGAGAUAAUUAUGGAAUUGCACAUAAUGAAUAUAUCACGGGAAAAAGGGCGGAGUAUGAGUACGACGAGUUCAGUGAGAGAGUAAGUCCUGUUGAUGAGGGGGUGAUGAGCCCUCAGGGUGGCAGGAAGGAGAUAAGGGAUGAAUUUGAGAUGGGGUGCAGAGACAAAGGAGGCAUGAUAAAUAAUAACACUGCUGAACCCGUUAUUGAGAUUUCUACAUAGUCGGAGAUAGGACGAGAAUUUCCGGCAGAAGAAUUUUUAUCGGCUCAGCAGGAAAUCAAGGGAACAUCAGUUUUCGAGAUCACACGGGGAAUUGUCAAAUUCUGUUGAUUAUUUUAUUUAUUUUUUUUUUUGAGACAGAAAUAAUUAUUCGUAGACGAUAAAAAUUCUUCUCCAGUGGACUCCCAUGAAUUUUCGGGGAAUCGUCGACCACUCUUGCGCUGGAAUUCCCAAAAAUUUUCAUACACAAGCGUAAGAAAGCGAAAUCGAAAUCGUGAAAAUAUUAGAUUUCUUUUAAAAUUCUGGGAAUUGUAGCGCUGAGUGGGAGCUCCAUUCAAGUACCCGUGUAGCGCGGGGAUAGGAUUUGUUUACAUCCUCGAGAGCGGGUAUCCAAUGGGAGCCCACUGUAUUCAUCAUUUUAGUCCGUACUUACGGUUCGUGAUGGUUGGAUCGUUUGCACAACGCAUUCACAAAUUUAAAAUCGUUUUAUUUUUAGAUAGUUCCUAAAAAAGUUAUUCAUUGGUUUGAGUGAAGUCGUAUUAUUCCCAGUGGUUGAACAAUCCCAGUGAUUCAGUUAGUAAAUCAUGUUUAUAAAUAAUAAUAAAAGUAUCAUUGGAGCACAACGAAAUUGUGGAGCGAUUUAAUCGUUCAGUUGUCAGGCUCUACUCAUUAAUAAAUUCAGUGAGGAAAAUGCAAAGAAUUGGAAAUUACGGCGAGAAUGAGUCAAGUAAGCAAAAUUGUGUAAUUAAAGGAAAUUAUAUGACGCUCUGUACAAAUUUUAAUAAGUAAGAUAAUGUUUGUAAAAUAUCCGUGAUUUUUAUUAAUAUAUAAUGAACACUAGAUGAAAUGGAAAUUCUAGAUGAUUCAAUGUAGCUGUGGUUAAAUUGUUUUGUGAAGCAAACAUAAUCAUUAUUUAUUGAUGAAUUAAUUUAUUAAUUCAAAAAUGCAGGUGUAAAACGUGAUAGCACAAAUCGAUUUGUGAAAUUAUCUUAUUGAUAUUUCACGUUUUAUCUCCUCACAGAAAAAAUAAUACUGGUUAAAAAAAAAUGAAUCAAUUAUCAAUUGAUUUUUAAAAUGGAAUAAUAUUCGCCACUGUUUAACGCAAUCAUAUGUUUUACACCGAAGAAUGGAGGUAAUUAGGAAAAAAUUAAUUGACAAUUCCCAUGAAAUUAUUUCUAUGCAAGACAACUCUCUUUCAUUAAAUGUAAUAAAUGCCUCACGAAAAAAAUGGAGCAUAAAUCUCUCAAAAUACUGAAUACACGAUUAAACAUAUCUAUCUUUCUCUAUAGAAUUAUAUUAAUUUCAAGUGGAUUGUUUAAGGAUACUGAUUAAUUAAAAAUAAUGGAAGACGGUUAAACAGCAAGCGGUGAAAUAAUUAAGAGAAUUAUAUUAUGACUUUGUCUAUACAUAAUGUAUAAAGGCAUCUGUACUUCUUCAUUAUUAAUAUUAAAAUAUUACACUAUAGUUGGUUAUUACAUAAUUAUUUCAUUGCAUUAUUGGAGUUAAUUAAUAAUUACCUGAGAUCCUCUUCUUGAUGAAUGCAAAAGAGUUUUUUUUUU